AUGGAUCUCGAGACCAGGGUGCAUGCCGAGGCCCUUUUGCUCAAGGCUGCCCGCACGUACGGCGUCCAGGUUCGCAGGGAUGAGGUGCAACAGCAUCUCAGGCACGACCACUACGGCGCCGCAUUGGCUGAGUGGGCGAGUUUGCAUCUCACGACGGACAAUCUGCUGACCCCUGAUGAGCUGGCAAUAUACUCGGUGCUGGACAGAAACGGCCAGGUCGACAUCCUGGCCAACCUCCAUGACCUCUCCGAGGUGCAGAGCGUCACCGAAGACGACAUCAAGGUGGCCAUUGAGGAGCUCAGGAGAUCCACCGAGAGCAUCACCAAGCAGAGCGAGACCCUCCGCCACCAGCAAGAUGCCCUAUCGCGUCUUGUCAGGAGGCGUGCUGAAAACGAUGCCCGAAGGCGGGACCUUGACCUGGAUAGGCAAAGCAAAUCCGAGUCGGAACGGCAGCGGGUUGCCGCAGAGGUAACAUGGCCAGACGCUAUGCGAGGGGGCUGUAUCGUACCUAGGGUAGAGGCAGCUUCGCAGAGUCUUGCUUUCCGCAUCUCAGACCUCGAGGAGCAAGGGACCCAGGCCGGAUCCAACCUCAAUGGCACCUUGGGCGAGAUAUUCCGCGGCGACGAUAAGAUCCUGGCCAACCUGCAGAAGCUGGGCUGGGAGCUGGAGCAGCCAGAUCCAGAUGAGACGUCCAAGCUUGACAAGCUGCGAGAAAUCUGCUCGCGUCUGGUCAAGAUUACGGUUGAGACAGUCCGAGCCAAGCUGGAUACCACCUACAUGGAGACGCUUGUGGAAGCCGAGCGCUCGGGGCGUGUCAAGCCUUCGACGGACGACGAGGUCAAGGCGCUCGAAACCGAGGUCGAGUCGUUGCACUCGGAAAUACUUUCCGUUGCUCAGAUAUCUGUGGAACAGCAGCACCUUGAGCCGGCCCUCCAGACGGUUUCCACAGAAGGGGGCCAAAGUGCGAUGCGCACAUCCAAUGCCUUGGCCUAUAUUGAUAAAUGUCUUGACUACCUCCUGGGCCGCCUUGAUCGGAUUCAAGGACGCAUAGAGACCCAUCUGUCGCACCAAGCCGCCGCCGCCGCACUCAUCACUACCGCCAAGACGGAGAUGGCUGUUGAGAUAUUGCCGCCUGUGAAGCAGCCGUCGUCAUCCGCGCCAGUAUCAAUCUUCCCGACCUCUCCAAGCAAGUCCGGGACCCCUGCUCGGAAGCGUUCCAACACCGUUGGCUCUCACCAUCGUCGCAGGUCGUCCGGCGUCGUCGACGAGCCCCCGCUCGAUACUCUCAUGUACACCCUGUCGGUCCCGUCAUCCGUUUCCGAAGAGACGAACGUUAGGGCGCAGAUGGUGGCCUUGUCCAAGAUUCUCGAAGAGAGAUGGAACAAGUACGACGAGAUUGCUCGGAACGCGCAGGAGACGUUUGAGAUGGGAGCGUUGGCACAGCUGAACGAUACGCGGCUCGCCAUUCAACUGGUGCGGGACAGCGUGUUGGCAGAGAGUCCGUUCAAUGAGCCGAGGCUGGUCGACCCCGAGAUCUCGGGCUCCAUCACUGUUUUGGCGGCAGAGGUGGAGGGCGCAAAGGAUAGGUUGGCGGUUGUUGAGGGCCAAAGAAGGGACCGCAAGAGCGAGAAGAGGGACGAGUUUAUUGAACGAUGGGGGUAG